AUGAAUGACGUCAUUCACACUUCCGGUUUGCCAAGCCCUAGAAAAAAAUAUCAAAACAAUAUAUUAGAACGAUUUUCGAUCUAUUUACGUGAAAUAUGGAUCUCAUGAUUAACAGGGUAAUUGAUAUAUGAUGAGAUUUACUGUAAGCACAUAGAAUUUUCUCAGACAUUGUUAGUGCCUAGGAGUGAUAAAAAUUCUUGUUUUAGAGAUGGCGCGAGAACCAGUGGUUGUCAACAUUUAUGACAUGUAUUGGAUUAAUGAAUAUACCUCACAUAUUGGAGUUGGUGUUUAUCAUUCAGGUGUUAGUGUGUAUGGUACUGAGUAUGCUUAUGGCGGGCAUCCAUUUCCAAUGUCUGGUGUGUUUGAGAUUAUACCAAAAGAUGCCGAGGAUCUGGGUGAACAGUUCAAGUUUAAAGAGUCUAUAGUGCUGGGAUCAACAGACUUUACUAUGGAUGAAGUUACCAAGAUUGUUGAAGAGUUGGGAAAACAAUUCAAGGGAGAUCAGUACCAUCUUCUGAACAAAAAUUGCAACCAUUUUACGGCAGCAUUAACCAAGGUUUGUUCUUAAAUGUUGAAGUCAUA